CAAUAACUCCAUAGAAUCCAUCCGCUAGUACCCGCUGAUAUCCGCAACAUACAAAGCUUCCCGAGGUUCUCUCCGCAUUAUAUUGAUAUCAAUAUCCUCACUUCAAUCUUCUCAAUCCACAAUCUUAAAAAUGCGACCACUCCUCCAAUUUUCCCUCAAAUCUACGCUCCCAAAACUCGUCACCCCACGAUUUUACUCCACUGCCAAAUCAGGUCGACCACAAUUCAUUUCCUCGUUCCAAAUCCCGACCCCGCAUUCCAACGGUACCAUCCGUGUUCUAUCAUUAUGUCGCCCCGAAGCUCGUAAUGCUAUUAGCAUUCAAUUGCUACAAGAAUUGCGCGCGCACGUAGAUGACAUUGCGGCGGAAUAUGACGCAGAGGGAAAUGAGAUAAGGAAGGUUAGGCCGCAGGGAGAAGAUGGACCAACGAGAGCUUUGAUCAUUACUAGUGAGGUUGACGGGGUAUUUUGUGCGGGGGCGGAUCUGAAAGAGAGGGCUACUUUCACACCUGAAAUGACACAAACAUUCCUCAAUAAUCUACGCUCCACAUUUACAAAACUUUCUGCACUUCCGAUUCCAACCAUCUCCGCAAUUUCCUCGGUUGCUCUUGGCGGCGGUCUCGAAUUGGCUCUUUGUACGCAUAUGCGUGUUCUUGCUUCUACGGCCGUCGUUGGAUUGCCAGAAACGAGACUUGGUAUAAUACCCGGCGCGGGCGGAACGCACCGACUUCCAGCUUUGAUAGGGAUCGGAAGAGCGCGGGAUUUGAUAUUGACGGGGAGGAGAGUGAGUGGUCCGGAAGCGUAUUUUCUAGGUAUUGCGGACCGCUUGGUUGAGGUUAAGGAGAACGAAGGGGAAGGCGAAGGAGAAGGAAAAGAGAAGGGGGAUAUGAUGAAGAGGGCUAAAGAAGCGGUUUUGAGAGAGGCGGUUCACUUGGCUGGGACGAUUUGUGAGGGAGGCCCCGUGGCAGUAAGAAGUGCAUUGAAAGCUGUUGGCUGGGCGAGGGAAGAUGUUGAGAAUGAUAUGUAUGGAAGAGUUGUAGGGACGGAAGAUAGAGAUGAGGCGUUGGCUGCAUUUAGAGAGAAGAGGAAGCCUGUUUUCAAGGGGAGAUGAGGGGCUCAUUGAUUAACAUGAACUGAAAUUUGUGAGGGAUCAAAUUUGAUAUUUAUCAAGCGGAGUCAUGGUAAAUAGUAAAGCUGAGAUGAAGCUGAAACUAGCCAGAAAAAACGGGAGGUUAGAUGGAAAUCGAUAUCAUAAUGAGAUAUGAAUAUGGACUGGAAGUUCGCGUCUUGGGCGUCUCGGUUACAGAUUGAAAAUAUCAAGAAAAUGAAGGGGUACCUGCUAUGUUGCAUUAUUCAAAUACAUUGCGUACACCAAGAUUAGAUUGGAUGUCACACAUGAUUAUCUGGUCAUUCUCUCUUCUUCUUUUUGAAGAUUAUCUCUGGCCUAGGGAAACUUUCCUGUCGAUAACCACUUUUGUGAAGUUUGUUAGCUUGGUAAGAAUAGUCUGAGGAAUUGGGUUCUACAUCAUCGUUAUACGACUUAUCACCCUUCUGUUUUAUCAACUUCAGUCGGCUCACCCAGUCAACUUAUACUUUCCAUCUCUCAUCACCAUCCCUCUUUUACUCCCUCAAUUAUUCCUUCCAAGUACCCAACGCCAACUACAGCAAACGUAGCUUCUAGAGCCUACAGUGUCUCAGGACUGGGAGUUCUAUAAUUCAUUAAAUUCACCACUAAAGCUGUGAUAUAAGGAGUUGUGUCGUACGCGUAUACACUUCGUGCUGGCAUCGGGCUUGGGAUUGGGAUUGGGAUUGAGCAUUUGAAUCUCGUUUGGGGAGAGUGAAGAAACUGUGUAGGAAAGGGUAAGUUGGUGAGGGUUUAAGGAGCGGAAAAGAGGGAGAGGGGAGAUGGGAGAUGAGAGAUGGGGGUAUGUUUCAUAAUUUUUAGAAUAGAAAGGAUACGCAGAUGUGGAUAUUAGAACAAGAGGAAAAGAAAAAAACGGAAAAAAGAAGACCUACCUAUCUCUCGCCUAUGACUCUCAUUUCUAAGUUCGUAAUUCUACAAUGAUGAACUACUUUUACCCUGAUGUUUACUCAAGCUCCAUUUCGCAAUUGUAAACUCAGUGAGUAAAUAGCUGUUUAGCAAUGAUUGGUUGAUUUGCUCUUAUCCCUAAUAUUAAGGGCAGCGGGAAGGAUGCUGAUGGAAGCUCUGAUUUAGUUAUGGAUUGAUGUUGGACGGGAGAUGAGAGCUUUGAGAUGGCAGUUGAGGUUUCGCGAAAAAGAUGGGAAAAGGAGGAGAUACAGAGAUGUUGUAGUAAAGGGUUUGUUAGAUUAGAUGGUGGAAUUCGAGAAGGAUGUUAUCUUUAAUGAGCUGAAUGCUGGUUGGAAUAUUGCUGUAGGGGAAGGAACAUCAAGAGGAAAGUGAAGAAGUAAACGACUACGAGAUGUAAGAUCAAUUGACCAUCUAAAUUGGCACUUCCGGUAACGUUGUGAUAUCUCUGUAGUUUAGUCCAGCGAAUACGCAUCUUUUGAUCUCUAUAGACACUUCUGUUCGAUGUCGAGUUGGAGUAUGAUAUUUUAUCAGGACACACUUGAAGAAUCUGGAGCGUUAGUAGCAU